UCUGCCCGCGCUGCCACCAUGCCAGGCCUCCUGCUGGGGGACGUCGCGCCCGACUUCCAGGCGGAGACCACCCACGGCCGGAUCCGCUUCCACGAGUUCCUGGGAAACUCAUGGGGCAUUCUCUUUUCUCAUCCACGGGACUUCACUCCGGUCUGUACCACGGAGCUCGGCCGAGCAGCAAAACUGGCACCAGAAUUUGCCAAGCGUAACAUUAAAAUGAUAGCCCUCUCCUUGGAUGAUGUCAAAGACCAUCUCUCUUGGAGCAAGGACAUCAACGCCUACAAUUGUGGUGAGCCUACAGAGAAGCUCCCCUUUCCAAUAAUUGCAGACUCCAAGCGGGAGCUUGCGGUUCAGUUGGGGAUGCUGGAUCCAGACGAGAGAGACAAAGACGGCCUGCCCCUGACUGCUCGCGUUGUAUUCGUAUUUGGUCCAGACAAGAAACUCAAACUUUCUAUCCUCUAUCCAGCGACCACUGGAAGAAACUUUGAUGAGAUUCUAAGAGUCAUUGAUUCCCUGCAGUUAACAGCCGCAAAGAAAGUUGCCACUCCAGUUGACUGGAAGCCUGGGGAUGAAGUAAUGGUAAUUCCAAGCCUAUCAGACGAAGAGGCCAAAAAGCUGUUUCCAGGAGGAGUUUGUACUAAAGAACUCCCAUCAGGCAAGAAAUACCUUCGCUACACCUCUCAUCCAAAAUAGCAACUGAGAAGAGAGGUUGAACAAACCAGGAAGGUGAUCACGGGGGGCUUUUUAGAACAGGAUGUACAACUACU